AUGCGAAGCCGAGUGAACUUGCAGACUGACGUAGUUGAGUUGGAGAUAACGUCAGAAUCGGACCUGUUUUUUAACUACAUCCACAGGGUCACUCGUGAUGAUUACGACGUAAUCUGUCGGCAACAACGUCUAACUACCGACUUCGCUACAGAGCGAGUUUGUCUGCCUUAUUUUACAAGUCACUUCGUACCAGAUCAUUUUUUGCCUUCAUCUUUCUCAAUGGCGGAAAAGGAAUCCUCCAAAUGUUCUCUCCAACGUGCCAACGAAUUCCGUAUCGUCGAGAACAUUACUUAUCGCUACAAUUUGCUGAAGGAACGUCUUAAUCACUUCGGCCAUCACCUUGAGGUUUCUAUUGAUGCAAUUUUAUUCAGAUGUGUACAGGAUGUGAGCACAUAUCUAAAAACGAAGGACCCUGAAUGUGCCCGUCAACGUCUGUUUGGAUAA